AUGGUCAGAAUCAUUGCGUUGUUGCUACUCUCAGCUAUGGCUCGGGCCCAGACGGCGAGUUCGACGUCUUCCGGUCAGUCUUCUGCUAUUACUGGAUGCCAUAAUCAUGGAGACCAGGUGUUUUGUAUCAAUGGGAGUGGAGAGGAGGUGCAGGUUUCUAUGACUGCUACUCCGACGGGUGAGCUGCCGGCGCAGUUUACGGGCUGUCAUGCGCAUGGGAGUGAGCAAUUCUGCAUGGAUGCACAGGGAAACGAAGUUCAGGUUAUUGGAGAAGAAACGACCGAUGAACAUGGCCACGAUGAGCACAGCCAUGAGGGCGAGUCAAGUGAGGGUUCUGCAGGACAGAACUGCCAUUUCCACGCUGGUGUCGAACACUGCGUUGGAGCAGGAGAAUCCGAGCAGAGCAGUACGCCUUCAUGCGGCAUGCAAGACCGAGACUACGAUGUACCUCUGCGGAUUGGAACGUUGUUCGUCGUUCUUGUUACCAGUGCAAUUGGCGUGUUUGCUCCGAUGUUGCUGAUUAAUUUGCCGUUCAAGACUUUGAACACGAUGGUUUCGACGGGAAUUAAGCAGUUCGGAACUGGUAUCAUCAUUGCUACGGCUUUUGUUCACCUCUACACACAUGCCAACCUGAUGUUCACAAACGACUGCCUCGGCGAACUCGAUUACGAAGCCACCACCUCCGCCGUCGUCAUGGCAGGAAUCUUCCUCGCCUUCCUCAUCGAAUACAUCGGCCACCGAAUCAUCCUCGCACGCGGUUCCAAAUCGCCAACUACAACGCCGGAGACCCCCGAGCAGAACGUCGCAGAGCCAAAAGAACAACCUACCACCCACCAAUGCCAACAAACCCACGCCCUCGCCGGACUAGGCCACAGCCACGGCUCACCCUACGACCCCACAGAACCUACCUCCAAGUUCUCCGUGCUGGUCAUGGAAGCUGGUGUCCUCUUCCACAGUAUCCUCAUCGGUAUUACCUUGGUUGUGGCGGGAGACUCCUUCUACCGCACCCUCCUCGUCGUAAUCGUCUUCCACCAGUUUUUCGAAGGUCUAGCCCUAGGUGCCCGGAUCGCUCUACUUCCCGGCCGGAUCUUCCCCAGCAAGGCAAUUAUGGCAAUCGCCUUUGCAUUGAUCACACCUAUUGGCAUGGCAAUCGGAAUCGGUGUGUUGAACUCGUUCAACGGGAAUGAAAAGAGUACGUUGAUUGCGCUGGGAACGCUAGAUGCGUUGUCCGCGGGUAUUCUCGUAUGGGUUGCUGUUGUGGAUAUGUGGGCGAGAGACUGGGUGAUUGAGGGCGGUGAGUUGGUUGAUGCUGGGCUAGGGAGAGUUGCUAUUGGUGGGAUAUCGCUGAUUGCUGGGUUGGUGUUGAUGUCGUUGUUGGGGAAGUGGGCUUAA